AUGAGCGAAGCUCAGCAGUCCCCUCGACGACGCCACAUCCUCUCCUCCAUCAACCCCGACAAACCUCGGUCCAGAAGGAGAAGCGCAUCACCGGACCGUGACGACGUCAAGAGGGAGCCAUCGCCGAGUCCGACGUCACAACGCCCCGACGAUGAUCGCGACAAUGAUGCCGAUAGUACAAGGCCUAGGCGCUCGCGUCUCCGGUUGAAGGAUCACCAUAGAUCUCGUCAACCUCUCGACCCUGAGGUUGCUUUCCGCGAGUCGCUCUUUGACGCCAUGGCCGACGACGAGGGUGCCGCAUACUGGGAAGGCGUCUACGGUCAACCAAUCCACGUCUACUCCAACGAGCGCGUUGGUCCUACGGGUUAUCUGGAGCAGAUGACGGAGGAAGAGUACGCUGCCCAUGUGCGUCAAAAGAUGUGGGAAAAGACACACGCUGGACUAAUAGAAGAACGUGCCCGCCGAGAAGAAGCAAGAAAACGCAAAGCAGAGGAAGAUCGCCUUGCGCAGAAACUACAAGAGGACAUGGAGCGCAGUCUACGUCGCGGUGAGGAACGCAGACAACGCCGAAGAUGGAUAACACUAUGGGAAGACUACAUUUCCGCCUGGACAGCCUGGGACGGAACCCGGGCGACGCUCGCAUGGCCCGUGGAGAGCGGUCGUCGGGAGGACGUCGACGAAGCCGCUGUGCGCAAGUUUCUAGUCAACGGACUGAAUCCGCAAGAGAUUGGGGAAAAGGCGUUUGUGGCGCAGCUCAAGGACGAGCGUGUGCGGUGGCAUCCGGACAAGAUACAGCAGAAGCUGGGAGGCCAGGUAGAUGAGGAUACGAUGAAGGGGGUGACGGCUGUCUUUCAGAUCAUUGAUAGACUCUGGGUAGAUAGCCGGCCCAAGGCUUGA